CUUUGAGAGGGUUGUUUCAAAGCCCAAGGCUCAGGACCUUAUUUCUCGCUGCCUGUGCGCCCUGUCCUUUCUACCGCCAUCGCCUCCAGUGCCUCAUUUCACAUCUUUCAUUCCCUCUCACCCAUCCCCUCUUCAUCAUCUCCCAUCAGUCCAUCAAAGAUGCAAGAGAUGAAGGUUGGCCCUUCGACGGCAAAGGAACACUUGCUCCGCCCACAGAGUGGACAAAAGAUGAAGCUGAAGGAAAAGUUUGUCCAGAUAUAUGACAUGUUCCUAAGAGGUCAGGACCCCGCUCAAGGAAGGGACCCAGACGUCUUUUGGGAUGAACUGUUCUUGAUCAAGGUCAACGAAGAAUACCUUUCUUCGAGUCUUGCACAGACCAGCGAAGACCAAUUGCUUGCCAUCAAAGAUGGCAUCAAUGGUAUCUUUUUACAUGCAGUCCAAGCCAUCAGGGAUCCGUUGCCUCAGAGGCGCCUUCAUGCCAUGCAGACGUUAACAAUCGUUCUUGGAGAGAUUUUUCGUAAAAAGUUUCAUAACUGGAGCUUUGAUGUCAUUCAUCUACUGACAGGGCUAUCACAUGCCGAUCUUGUCUUCCGGACGCUGAUUCAAGGCCUGAGCACCAUCUUGGGAAGCGAUGAACCAUUGAAGUUACAAGUGGUUGCUCUGCGACUCGCAAUUGCUUUGGCGUGUGGCAACGAUAAUGUGAACAAGAACACUCUGAACGAGUACUUUAUGCAAAAGGACAUUUUCCCGUCCCUGAUCAAGUUCUUUGUCAUGGUGGAUUCCGUCGAUCUGGCAUUUGAAGCGAUGGCCCUAUUGGGUUUACUGGCGAACUACAACAAAUAUGAGAUCCAGAACCCCUACCUGGCCAGCUUGGCGGCAUUGAAGGAUGAGGCUGUACUUCAAAAGAUGUCUAUGGUCAUCGUCCAAGUAUUCGACGGGAUGCGGAAAGGAUACACGGGAGUGAUGGACGACGACGAGCUGUCAGCAGUAUCGAAGCUCACCAGUGCUCUAUCAUACGUGACAGGCAUGCUCUGGAACCCGAAUGCACAGGAUAUCUCUGUCACGGAUGCCUCAUUCGCCUUGCUUCCGGACGGCAGAGUUACGGUGCUUUUGAUAUUUUACGACCUCAUUUAUACCAACAAGCGAUUCCAGCAAGUCUUUUUGAGCUACUCUACAACAGCUGCUAAUUCACAGGACAAACAAGCGGAGCACCUCAACCUGGAGACUAGCGAAACAGGACUUGGGUCGUUCCUGUCAUUCUCAUCUUAUCUCCUGCAACAUAACCGCACACAGCGCUCAACACCGUAUACCCAUCUCUGUCUGAUCAUCAUGUUGGUCCUGGUCGAGGAUCCGACCACGUAUCCACAUCUGUGCAGCAUCCCCCAAUCACAGGAUCCACCCUCUCUUCUUGUAACGCCUGCGGGCAACACUGUAAACUCAAUGGUAACUGUUCGACUGUGUCGUCAACGACAGCCCGUCCUGCCCAAGGUCAAGCAGGCGAGACCCAUGGCUGCGGUGCUUCUGGAUGUCAUAUUGGGAUUCUUGAAACACAAUAUGAAGAAAAAGAUGCAAAUUGACUGCUUCCGUAUCGCGAUCGCCAUCAUUUUUUCGCUCACAAGCCGGUUCAAAGCCCUUCGUGUUAGACUUCCCUACCAUUGGGUAGAGAUGUGGAAUACAUUGCAGGGAGUCGUCAAAUUCCUGCAAUCAAACGGCAAAAUCUUGCAGAACCAUCCAGAUGCUAGAGACUUGGUUGCAGAGACGAUUGAUCUUGUGAAUUACUGUGUAACAUUCGGGGAUCUUAUCAUGCCGGAUCCAGCAAGUCUUUACGCUCUCUACUAUGAGAUUGUGCGCUCAGGAAUUGAUCCCUACACGGAUCUCACCAAACAAUUUUUCAUUUCGGUUCAACCGCCGUUGCCGCCCCCACUGCCACACCACGAUCUGACAUCGCGCAACCGCCUCAACCUGGCUACUCCAGUCACCACGCCUCCUGAGUCAGCCCUGUCAUCGCCAUCGCCAGCAUCGGCCUCAAUCAUGGGCUCCCCGCCACCUUCGCCGUUUCAAUCCUAUCGAUCCGGAUCUCCCCUCAACGCUGUUGGUGCUGUCUCCGCUCACCAGCGCCUGAUUAUCAUCGAUCUCUCGAAUAUUAACCAGGUCUACACCUUCUUCUUCACUCACCUCCUGACUUGGCGCGACGCAAACCCAACACGGAGUCUCGGUCCCGAUCUGGUCUCGACUAUCAUUAAGAACCAUUAUCAGGACCUGACCCUGAUCCCAAUCCCCCUGGACUCGUUUUUAAGUCAGCGACAGAGCAAUGUACCGCUUGGACUGAAAGGGUACAGUGGAAACAACGGAAGGGCGUCUCCUGCUCCUGCUGGCACCUCAAGCCCACACCCGGCCUGGGACGGGUACUCGGAAGUGCCAGCCAAGGUCCAUUUCUUCCGACAGCUGACAAGGUGGGUCGUCGCAGACCUGCGGGCCAUCUCGAAACAGAAUGCUGCAGUUGCAUCUGGAGCUGCACAGCCUACAUCUACUACACCAUGAACAAAUAAAAACUAUUAUACGCG